CAGUAGACUCGUCUGGAACUUUACAGACUCGCACGUAUCAAGCUCACACUUCAACCGCCGCUUCCGUUUUCCACACGUGUGGGCGAUCCCUCGCGAAGUCUCUAAUUUCUCCGGAGCCCGCUCUUAUUAUCCCCUUUUCCUUGCACCAAUCUUUCAACACAACCAACUUUCGUCUGUUUUCUCAUACUUUCCCUCACUUUCCCCUAAGGAAUCUCGGCAACCAAACAAACUUACUUGGGCGCUAAUUCCUAUUCGAAGACAAAAGAUGUGGACCCAACCCUACCGGAAGACCGACGAGGAGGUCGGAGCGAGGCCUCUGUACCCGAUGAUGCUGGAGAGCCCCGAGCUCCGGUGGUCCUUCAUUCGGAAGAUUUAUUCGAUCGUUUGCAUCCAAUUGCUCGCCACCAUCGCCGUCGCCGCCAUCGUCGUCUCAGUCCGUCCGAUCGCUCAUUUCUUCGCCUCUACCGGCGCUGGCUUGGCUCUCUACAUCGUCCUCAUAAUCACGCCCUUCAUCACUUUGUGCCCGCUGUAUUACUAUUACCGGAAGCAUCCGGUGAAUUACCUUCUCCUUGGGAUCUUCACUAUUUCUCUCGCAUUCGCUGUUGGAUUGACUUGUGCGUUUACGAGUGGAAAGGUUAUACUAGAGUCGGUGAUUCUAACCACCGUUGUAGUAGUGAGUCUCACUUUGUACACAUUUUGGGCGGCAAAGAGAGGCCAUGACUUCAACUUCCUUGGACCCUUCUUGUUCGGAGCCGUGAUGGUGCUUAUGGUUUUCGCUUUGAUUCAGAUUCUCUUCCCAAUGGGUAGGAUCUCUAUAAUGAUAUAUGGGUGCUUGGCAUCGCUCAUAUUCUGUGGCUACAUCAUAUACGACACAGACAAUUUGAUCAAACGCUACACUUAUGAUGAAUACAUCUGGGCUGCAGUGGCUCUGUAUUUGGAUAUCAUCAACCUCUUCCUCUCACUACUGACAGUUUUUAGAGCUGCCGAUACUUGAUGAAAUAAUCCCAUGAUUCUGUUUCAUCCAAUCUGUUAUUUUUUGGAUCGAAGUAAAUUCUUAUUCAUAAUGUAAGAUUAUCUGCUUUUUUGUCUUUCUUUUUACGGCUAAGCGUAAAUUCAAAACAAUUGUAUUUCUACGUUUAUAAUGGUAAAUAGUUUAAUGAAA